CGCUGACUCGCCAUCGAACGAUCCUAUUGGUCCGCUGAGAUCACGUGUCACUGUUCCAGCUUAGCGCACGCUGAUUCUCUACAGCGGCAGAACAGUGGAAGGACACAUCUUGUCGCUGCGCUGACCAAUUGGAGCAGCAUUCCUCUUCCACAUUUAGACCAACACUGCCAAACUGAAGAACCACUUUGUAUCCAUUAUGCCGCCUCCUAUUCGUCAUCGCUCCAUGCGCAUCUUUGUGAACGAUGACCGCCAUGUGAUGGCCAAACACUCUGGCAUCUAUCCCACCCAGGAGGAGCUGGAAGGGGUGCAGAACAUGGUGUCCCACACCGAACGCGCCCUCAAGGCUGUCUCUGAUUGGCUGGACGAGCAGGAGAAAGGAAAUGCCAAAGUGAAUUCCUUAGAGUCUGAUGGAGAUGCCGAGAAAGAGACUGAACCAAAGUUAAUGGAGCAUCUCACGCGGUCCCUGCGAGGAGUCAUGCGUGUGGGGCUGGUAGCUAAAGGUCUCCUUCUGAAGGGAGAUCUUGACCUGGAGCUUGUGCUGUUGUGCAAAGACAAACCCACCAUCACCCUGUUAAAGAAAGUUUCCGAGAACCUCGCUGUGCAGCUUAAGCUCAUCACAGAAGAAAAAUAUGACGUUAAACAGUGCAUCCGUGAUGCCACCAUUGUCAUCAAGAACUCCAAGGAGCCACCGCUGACCCUCACCAUUCACCUGACGUCACCUCUCGUGAGGGAGGAGGCUGAGAAGCAGGCCGCCGGAGAAACGCUAUCAGUCAACGAUCCCCCGGAUGUACUGGACAGGCAGAAAUGCCUGACUGCCUUGGCGUCCCUCCGCCACGCCAAGUGGUUCCAGGCCAGGGCUAAUGGACUACGCUCCUGUGUGAUUGUCAUCCGUAUCCUGAGGGACCUCUGUGCACGUGUUCCCACCUGGGCCCCUCUACGAGGAUGGCCCUUAGAGCUGCUGUGCGAGAAGGCGAUUGGCACUGGGAAUCGGCCAAUGGGAGCAGGAGAAGCUCUCCGUAGAGUUCUCGAGUGUCUCGCAUCUGGAAUCCUAAUGGCUGAUGGUUCAGGCAUUUGUGACCCUUGCGAAAAGGAGCCAACAGAUGCCAUCAGUCACAUGGACCGCCAGCAGCGGGAGGACAUCACCCAGAGUGCUCAGCACGCCUUAAGGCUUUCAGCUUUUGGACAGCUGCACAAAGUACUCGGCAUGGACCCGCUUCCUUCAAAAAUGCCCAGAAAACCAAGGAGUGACACACCUAUUGACUACACAGGUAAAAUUCAAAUCCCACCCAGCACAACCUACGUGCCGCCAAUGAAACGCCCCAUGGAGGAGGAGGAGGCUACUGAUGAGAAGAAUCCAAACAAGAAGAAGAAGAAAUUGCAAAAGAAAUCUCCAGAGGAGAAAGCAGAGCCGCCACAGGCCAUGAAUGCCCUAAUGCGUCUGAACCAGCUAAAGCCGGGUCUGCAGUACAAACUCAUUUCUCAGACCGGGCCCGUCCAUGUGCCGGUGUUUACUAUGGCCGUAGAGGUGGACGGAAAGAACUUUGAAGCUUCUGGUCCCUCCAAACGCACUGCGAAACUCCACGUAGCUGUCAAAGUCUUGCAGGAUAUGGGUCUGCCAACAGGAUUGGAGCAAAAGGUAGCUGAACUGGUGAAACAGGAGGAGCCGGUGACCACACAGGAGACUUUGCCUGCAGUGACCCAAAUGGAGCCCGAACCAGCACCAACCACAGACAGCCCCACUGACGAGAGCGCUCGGCAGCAAGGGCCCAUCCUAACCAAACAUGGAAAAAACCCGGUCAUGGAGCUCAAUGAAAAACGCAGAGGCCUGAAGUACGAGCUCAUCUCUGAGACUGGUGGAAGCCACGACAAACGCUUCGUCAUGGAGGUGGAGAUUGACGGACAGAAGUUUCAGGGUGCUGGAUCUAAUAAAAAGGUGGCGAAGGCCUACGCAGCACUUGCAGCCCUGGAGAAGCUCUUCCCAGAAGGCUCCAACUCGGAGGCAAACAAGAAGAAGAAAAUGCCUCCAAUGCAUCCCGCUGGAUUUGGGAUGGUGAGUGGGCCGCCUGCUGACAUGGCGGUCAAUCCCAGAGGCAGAGGAAGAGGACGUGGCAGGGGCCGAGGCCGGGGAUUUAACAAUGGUGGAGGAUUCAAUCAAGGUGGAUAUGGAACGUAUGGAUAUGGCGGCAAUAACAACUCUGGCUACAGUGACUUUGUCUCAGACUCCUAUGGCUACCACGAGUUUGCGACAUAAACCGCCCAAUGUUUUCAAUAAGCACGCAAAUGUGAAACGAAAAAUAGAGACAGAGGGGAAAAAAACACUGGUUACCCUCAUUAUGAACUCGUUUCCUUGUGAUGUUUCGCCCUCAAUCUCACCUCAAAAAACCUGCACCAACGAUCAACCAACACUGUGGAUGUGAACGGGAGUUUCUGCCUGCGGAAAUCAAGAAAAGCAAGACAUUCUGACGUAUUAUUUGUGCCGCGGUCAGCGCAGUCGAGCAAUGUGAUUGCCUAAUGGAUGGUCACAAAGUAGCGGACUGACAUUUCAUAAUGACUGCAUCUUCACUCUGAAGUCACUGUAUAAGCCAUUUUUUGCCAACAGUUUAGUUGUUUUUCCUGGAAUAAUGUUCCUGGUAGAUUUUUAAUUGUCACUUCCAUACAUUGCCAUGUCUUUAACGUUUUAAAGUUUAUUUAUUUUUCUUUUUGUAAUUGCGAUCAAUGCCAUUGAUAGUGAGAAAUUGGGUUUGUGAGGAGUAGGCACAGAUUUUUAAUAUCAGAAUGUUAUCAAUUCUGUGAACUAUUGAACAAAUGGGGUAUAUUUGCUGCAUUUUUGUUUUUAAAUUUGAUGUUUGUGAAUCACAUCAUAUUUUGCAAUAAAUUUGAUUUCAUUUACAAACCUGUGAUAUCUAUGUACAUUUUUAUUAGUAGAAGUAUUAGUUUAGUUUUUUGGGGAUUCUUUUGGAAAUGAAACUGAUUUGCAUAGGUUUCAGGAAAACUUUAGCUAGUAAUACAAUUGAAACCUUUUUCACUCCUCUUCUAGUAUUUUGCAAUGAGCUUGUGGCCUCUUCUAUUCAAUCCAGAAAAAUCUUUAUAUACGGAUAUGCAAAUCCAUUAUUACUGCAAUUGCUUUCGAAACCACUCGUAACAUGUUUUAGAAAAGUAAAUUGAUGUUAAGUUGAGGUCACUAAAUUUUCAGCGUGCAGAAUUGUUUCAGACAGUGCAGUGGUCAUGAUGUGACAAACUAUGCAGCACCUUUUUUUUUUUUUUAAGAAACAACUUCAACGUAUAACACAUCUAACAUGUAAAAAUAUGCAGUCUACUCCACUUUGUGUUGUUUUAAUUCAACCCUGACAUAUUGAUCUUCUAUUGGUCACGUCUUGAUUAAUUCGUAGGUCCUUUUUUGAACUUUGUAGAGCAGCGAAAUGCGAAACAUUUUAACAAAAACUUGCAUUUCUGCUCUUGCAUUAGCAUGUGUUUAAAUGGUAGUGAAUUUACAGAAAAGUGUAGUGUGACACAUUUACUAUUUCAAAGCCAGAAAAUGCAGAUGGUGGUUUUAUUGAAGCUUGGGUUAGUAACUCGCAUCUAAAUGGGAGAACUGAGACUUCAAGAUAUCGUAUCCCACAAAAAAAUGUAAUAAUUUUUGGUAGUGUUAAGUAUUACCCUGAAUUGAUGUAUAUUUUGUAUCAAGUUUCAAUGUACAGCAAAAAGGUUUUAGGUUUGUUACUUAAAAGCCAGUAAUAUGUUGAUUCUGCAUAAGCAUUCAUUCUAUAGUGUGAAUUGA